AAUCGAUUAAAUAUUGUUUUUUAAUCGAUUAAUAUUCGAUUUUUUGCUUAUAUCACAGCCAGUCUUCGUCUUCUUCGCCUUUCUCCUUUUACGAAUCAGAGAAACCCUAACUCCUUCCCUUCUCAAAUUUUCUCAAUCUUCAUCAGAAACUUCUCAAAUUUCUUCCAUGUUUUCACCAAAUUUCAUCAAUUUCAAAAAGGAAGGAUGCCAAGGUGCAAGAACGCUUCAUCGGGUCAAGAAACGGCGACAGAGGAGAGUGAGAGGCCAUGGCGUUGUGAAGGGAGCAAGUACAUUCACAUACAAACCGGUCUCGCCUUCAACAUUGGGGCUUUAGUCGAGAGGUUCCACAACAUCUUCCUCACGAAGGAGAUCGUCUCUCCUAAGAUCGUGAACAAGGACCUCUUCAAAUCGGCGACCUAUGCCCCGAGUAAGUCUCUCUUCCUUCAGCAAGGUUUGCUUCGUUUCAUCCAUUUGACGUAUGAAUUCUUCUGUCCAAAUCUUAUACGUCAAUUUUAUGCAAAUCUUCGUACCACUAAGGGAGACUCGCCAUCUCUCAUUUCCUAUGUUGACGGCAAAACCGUUUUCAUUGACGGUGUCGGUUUGACUUCUCUGUUUGGCCUUCGUCGCGGUGAAAUUACGGAAAACUUGGAUGAAACAUUCCAAGAUGAGGCAAUUUGGCGACAACUCGGGUUAGAUCAUCGUGACCUCAAGUUUAGAAAUUCUAGCAACCCGAGUGUCAUUAAUCUCACUUUAAUUCAAUGCGUCCAACAAUACAUCUUCUCCUAUGUUUUGUUGCCCCGUGAUUCGAACCAUGGUGUUGUCAAUAAGGACGAUAUUCGUUUGUUUCACGUCCUGUUGAACGAUGUCAAAUUUGAUUGGGUUCACUUCUUUAUUGUUGCACUUAGCGAUGGCACUCGUUUUUCCCAUCUCCGUUUUGCCAUCCCCAUUAUGCAUAUCCUUGCUCAUUGCAAAAUAGACUUUACUCAGGACACUCAAGUGCCGGUCAAGAAGACUUGUUUCAUCACUGAAGCCAAGUUUUCCCAGAUCGUAUAUCGAGAGGAGGGUGAUGCUGCACCAAAUCUGGACCUGAUAGUCGCAGAAGAAGAAGAGAGCCAAAACGAGACUCAAGCUGAGUCAUCUCGAGCCGGAGGAAGUCGAGCCACGGAGCGCGUCACUCGUCAACGGAGGACUCGUCCAAGAGAAGAUGCACCGGAACCUUCUUGGGUGAAGAGGAUCUUCGAUAGUCUCACGUGCAUCCGAGAAGACGUUCGCCAGCUCAACGAGAGGAUGACUCGUUUUGAGCAAUCCCGCUCCUACCGUGGCCCGCGUCACAGCUUUAGCGGAGGAGCUCGUCCGGCGAACUCUCUUUGAUUAUAUUCCUUCUAUCUUGACUUAUUAUGAUACAUUGUUAUUUGCCAAUGUUAUUGUUUUAUGACUCUUUUGGUGGAUGAUGAUGUUCCUUUCAAUGAUGCUAGUUAAUAUUAAUUUCUAUUAUGUAUUGAUAUCAUUGUUGGUUUACAUAUGGCUAAUGUUUAGAGCUUUCUAUACAAAUGAUAUACAUAUGGUGCAGUUUUGUGCCUAUUCAAAAUGACAAUAGUACACAAGCACCAUUGGGUGGUUGAGUUGUCCCCAUGAUCCACUCUUAGCAGAAGCUAUAACAUAUUGGGAGGCGCUUUCUUAGCUUAAGAAGAAGGGCAUUCGUGAUGCUGGAGUGUGUUCUGAUUGCUUGUGUUUG